AUGGACAGGAAGCGCGGCCGCGAAGACACCCCCCCGGGAGUGGACACGGAUGCUUCCGACACUACCCAGAUCGUCGCUCGACAACCACGCACACGAAAGCCAGUCCCGAAACGCCCGCGACAAGCCCGCGACGGAUCCGAGCAUGCCCAUGUACCCGACAACGCCGACGAGCCCGGAGAUAACGACGAGCCCGAGUCCGAUAAAGAGUUAGAAGGCGACGAGCAAGCAGAAGUUGAGCAAACAGCAAAACGGGUCCCAAAGCUACGAAAGCGAAAGUGCGAUGGUCCGUGUAGCAGGUUGCUGGAAACUAGAAAGUGGUACAAGAUUCCAGGUUCAGCUGAUAAGGGCGCCCGUGAAUGUCAAAAGUGCCAUAAGGCUCGCAAGGGCAAGAAACCACCACCACGAAAGUGCGAUGGCCCGUGUGGCAAGUUGCUGGAAAUUGAAGGUUCAGCUGAUGAGAGCGCCCGCGAAUGUCAAAAGUGCCGUUACGCUCGCAACAAUCCCCUCGUGACUAAAGCUUCGUCAAGGAAGUUUAAGAGAGGAGAUCUCGCGACGGGCAGCCGAGGGACUAGACCUCAUCGCCUGGAUAAAUCUACCGUGGACCCCACUACUGACCUCUCUGCUCCUUACCAAACCUUGGCCGAUGUUUACGAGGAACGGGUCGGUGCGCAGCUGGAUCAGUGGACUACCGCCAUAAACGCUGUGGUGUCUUCAAGCGAUGCUCCCCUCAUUGCAGACGAUGUCGAUGCCGACGACGACGACGACAACGAAACCGCCAUGCAGAACCCGAUCGCCCCCUUGCGGCUGCCACUCGCAGACAAACGGAACGCGCAGCUGUCGCAACUCCGGAAUGAGAUGAGGUCUCUCAGUAAAGCCCCGUCGAGAGAUGGUCGCAACUACGUCAGCUCGUUCGUCAGUACCAAGCUGGUGCUGUCGGAGUCAAAGACUAUCGAUGAGUACCGGUAUGAGGUCAAACAAGGAUCAGAACGCCGUUUAAUGGCGGUAGCAUAUGGACCGUCCUACAGCAAGGAUGUCGCGCUGCGCGUUGCUUCCAGUGCAGUUGGCAUUCUCAACUCGUUCCCUGGUGAGCUCGAUCUGGUUUCCACUCCGCUCUUCAAUGGGUCAAAGUUUGUAGCCAUUCCAGCGGCUGGAAACAAGAUCAUCACUGCAUUACUGGAGUUGGAGCUUGAGGGUACCUGGGAUCCUAGCCGUCUACGUCUCCCUACUCCAGAGAUUGACAAGCUCGACCCUUUGAACAACGACAAAUUGAAGGACACGAUCGAAUGGACUGUACGUUCUAUGAUGAUUGACCCAUCUACCGGGGAAAGCUACGAAGGCACAUAUACCCUUCCCGAGCUUUCUGGAGUACCGACGUUCCGUAUGAUGCCAAAUCUUCAGUUCUAUGAUCAUUACGGGAACUGCGGAUUCACCCAGGACCCAACCAGCAAAGAGGACGUUCAUAAGACCGGCCUGUACGACCCGAAUGUCGAGCAACUGGAACAAACCGAAGGCCGACUUGAGAACAACCUGCAGACCGAGAAGCUCCUUCGUUGCCUGUCUGCGCACCUCGCGCGCACUACUUUUGUUCGUCUUGAUGACUUCAAGGUAUUUUGCGACAGCUGGAUCUCCAAGAUCGCUACCAACUACUGGCACCGGUACGAUGUCCUACAUCUCUUUGAGACGGCGGCUGGGUUGGUUACCAUCGCACCAGACGAGCGCAUCGAACACCGGUUCCCCGGUCUUCCGAAGUUCCCCAUUCCUUCCAGGGAUUACUCGCGUGCCAUGCCGGUAGUCACCACUAUAGUCAAUGCUUGGCUACGUUCUGGCGACAUCAGAGAAGCAUGGUUAGAAGGAGCUGUGAAAUACGAGGCAGUUUGCUCACAGAUUGUUGCUGGAGAGCCUUCUUCGACUGCAUGCUCGUGCAAUGAAGACAGCCAACACAGUACUGUUCAUCCUUGCGGCAGCUGUCACGGUAUCUUCCUGUGUUCCCGCAUGCAAAAAGGUAUCUUCGCGCCAAAGAUCUGCGCCUCAUGUUUCCAGCUGGAAUCGUCGGAUCCAGCUGCUGCCAUAGACGAACGCGCACUCAAGAUCGCGCUACGCAAUGCAAAGGUUCGAGGGGCAGGGACAAUGUCUGAAGCACUCGAGUCCGUCCGCAAGUUCGUAUGUCGCACUCAAUCUCCCGGCGGGGGUCUCGUAUCAGCGCGGUGGGAAGAUUACAUGACUUCGACUAUGCGAGCCUUCUCCGCUACAGCAACCGCGCACGAUGGCUUCCGAAUAUCAGUAGAUGCGGUGUUUCCCUUUGGUAUUGCAAGUUCCGGCGAAAUUCAUCAUCACGCCCCGUCAAACUUGCGCCUGACAAGCACGGCCUUUAAUUCUGCAAAGGGCAUCCAUCUUCCCGCUAUAAUGGCAGUCAUCAGCGACUACAUAAGAGCAGUCGGUGACGCGGAAGAGGAUACCGCAGAGUCGGGCAACUUGCAUGACCGACUGGAGAGCUUUUCUAAGUCACUAUUUGAGCGUCUGGCUGCAUGUCGCAGGGUUCGCCUCAAAUGCCCAUCUACGAAAGCGCUACGGGAGAAGCAGACUUUGAACGAUGAAGUUUUCAAGGCGAUGCAUGAGCAAUGGGUUUCGGGGAAGCUCGUGGCGAGCGAUCAGCUUGAGGACGCCAAAACGUACAAAAGCAUAGACGCUGUCAAGUGGUCAACAGAAGACUUGACUCGCCUGAAGUUUCUCAUUAACCAGCUUGAAAAGGAGUUUGGUGUUAGUGUUACAAAGAGUACAGACGGUUGCCCGGUGGUUGCUCGCCUUCCAAAGACGUCAACUUCUUCACAGGAAUGGAGUUGGGUCGCAGCGGCCAACUUCUUUUUUCAACGUCUCGAUAGACUCAGGAAGAGAUGCAACAGAUGGGAUGCCACUAUCGAUACGCCGAUCACUCUUUUUGUCGAGUGCAUUUUCCAAAUUUGUGUCGGUUUGUGGGACGAGACGAGACCCAUGAAGGAGAACGCGGUUUGGUCCCUGGAUGAGAAGAAGGCCUACAAGAAGAAGUACGGAGACUUGCUCGGUCUACCCAUCGUCCUCCAGGCAUGGCACCCCCUGUGCUUAUCCAUCGGACACUACCACCACGGGCUACAGAUGCGGACUGGUUGGCCUCCCGACGCCACGGAAAUGUCUCAUCGUAAAGAAGGCGUAGCUAACAUAAGCUUCGAGACAUCCUUUAGCAACCAACUAAAGAGGGCAUAUCCCUCAAGCCAAUACCAGGAGCUUCGUGCAGAAAUGAAGAAGAUCAAUCUAGCCAAGGAGUACUACGACCCGGAUCUAGAGCCUGCGGACUUUGAGAUGCCUGCUUUUGAAGGCGGCGAUGAAGCCGAUAGAGCGGCCGACCUAGAGGAAGCUCUGAUGAGCGCGCUGGGAGAUGGGCCCGUUCCAGGAGCCUUCACUGAAGACGAGGAAGAUGACGCCACAGGUGCGGAUGAUAGCAACGAGCCGUCUCCACCUACCCGAGUUGCGUUGGCCAGAGAAUACGACGAGAUCCAACAGAAUUUCAUUUUCCGCCAUGGUAACGGCACGGCUGAUGUGCCUGGAUCUGAGGACAUCUUCAAAAGCAUGAACAAUGCGGCCAAGAACGGGAACCGAACCGAGUUUGACCGCCAGCGCGUCAAGCUACAGCGCCUUGAGAACCCAUCCCCAGGUUCGUCGGACUCUUCCAGCUCGUCAGGCUCUGACGGGUUCAUCGCUCAGUUUGACAAAGUGGACCAUGUUGAGACAUAUGGCGCCAAACAAAACAAACAUCAAGUCAUUGGCAAGAAAGGCCGAAAGCUAGGUACAGUCACAGCUCGUGAUCGCAACCAGGUCUUGGAUCGUGUUACCUUUUAUAACGCUCCUAGACGAUCUGCUUCAUCGUCAGAAAGCAGUUUGCUGCAGCAGCAGAUGCAUCAGGCCAGCCAUGGUCUCGAUCCAAAACACCCAGAACAAUACGGCGUUGAGCAUGUCGCUCGAAUGUCUACUGUAUCUACGACUGAAUACUUCCUGUGUAACGGUAACGGAUGCGAGAACACCAGAAUUCCGUUGAAGUAUCGCGCAGUUGCGGAUGUUAACGAGUGCAUUUUCUGCAAUCUCGGCUAUCAUAAGCAUGAUCCUGAACGUGUUGGAUGGUGUUUGGGUGGAGAGCAUGGGCACGAGGCUCAACAAAGCAAGCUUGUUGAUGAUGACGGCUAUGACGCGGACACUUGCAAAGACUGCAGUAAGGAUGAAGGAGAGUUUGGCGAUCACAGUAGUGAGGGUGAGGAUGAGGAUGAGGGGAUUGUGGCUGGUACUAAUGAUGAUAAAGCGGAUGGUACUGAGGGUACGGAUGAUAUCAUGACUGACUAG